CCUCAGACUCUUUGGCAGUUAGUGUGCUGCGUGCGUAUGUGAGUGUGCGUGUAUGUGAAGAAGCAGGCAAGCAGACAUGACAGUAGUCAGGGUUACGCUGCUGCUUCUUGGGCUGCUGUUGGCUGCUCACUGCGAUGUUAGGGCCAGAGACCCUGAGGUAGAGGAGGAGGAGGAAGCAAGGGAGGAUUUGAAUGACAGAGACUGGCAACGUAGCAUCUCACCUGGAGGAUUUGGAGCUCCUCAUCACAGACGCCUACCACAUGGGCCAAGACCUGAAAUCCCUGGUGAUCCACACCCCCCAGUGGGGCAUGGGCACCCCCAAAUGGACGAUGGGCACGGCUCUUUUGGUCCGUCCGGAGAAACUGUGGACCACUCAGCGGAAGCUGGCGCCCACAACUAUCCAACACGUACUGGCAACUGGUGUGCAUUCGUGCAUCGGCGUGUCAUCACUAUGGCAGUGUCCUGUGGCACCGAAAAAUACACCAUUCAAUCCCAGAGUCCCUGUCCUAACGGCACCCCCGACUGUCAGCUGGUCAUGUACAAGCUUUCCACUCGUCCAGUGUACAGAGAGAAGCAAAAGGUCGUCACGGCUCUACUGUGGAGAUGCUGUCCGGGCCACGGUGGAGAGAACUGCGAAGAAACAGUGUCAGAUGGUCAAGUCCCUGAUUCAGUUAACCCUGCACUGACAGAAAGGUCCUAUCCAGGGGUUGAGAGACAGACCCACCUGAGCAGGAAUCAGAACUGGGAGCAAAAUGACUAUCAGGUGUCUAGCGGUGAGCUUUAUGAGGCUCGACAGCCUGAACCCGAGAACGACACAGCCACAGAAACCAGAGAUUACUAUGAACACAGCGAUCACAGUGGUCACGAUCACCAGCAGAACCACGACUCUGAAAGAGCAGACACAGUGGGCAUUCUGCCCAUGCACCAUGUGACUGCUCUGCUGAUGUCUCAGCUCCAGCCAGUGUUAGACGGCUUCAACCGAACUCUACAGCGUCUGUCUUUGGAAGUGCAAGACCUGCAAAGAGACAUGACAUAUCUGCGCCUCAGAGAAAUGGAGGAGCUGCCACCCGAUGGUCUGGAUGACAAAGAUAAGGUAGACGACACUCUCCAGGAACUGGAGAAGGUGAAGGGUCUCCUGCUCUCUCAACACUUUGAGCUCGAAGACAAACUGCACGCCAUGCAGGCCACGCUGCAAUACAACCUCACCAACUUCAAGACUGACGUAGACGUCAAAAUGAAACGCAACCAGAAGACGCUGCAGGUCAGUCUUCAGGCCUUCAACUCCUCACUAUCAGAAGUGAAGCAGGACCAGGUACAUCUGGAAGAGAUGCUCCGGGGAGGCUGGAGGCCAGAGAAAGACACAUUCAUUCCCAGUCAGCCACAAGGGAACUCGGCCAUAUGGGAGGCAAUUACCCGGUUGGACAACAAGGUGGUCAAUAAUACCGUGAGACUUAACGCCCUGGUUGAAGAACAGGACCUGGUAUCAGGGAACAUAAGAUACCUACAGGAUGGCUUCAGGGGUUUGGCGGCGAACAUAACCCAAACUGGUCGCAACAGUCAAAUUCAGUUCAUGGAAACAGGCCUGGAGGUAGAGGCAGCCAAAGUGGCAGUACUGGAUCGCAUUAAUGAAUUGGGCAGCAACAUCACCAUUCUUCAGGAAACAAUGGAAUCAACAGAGACUGACGUAGACUAUCUGUACAGGCUGGUCUACAAAAACAUCAGCAAUGCUCGUGGCAGCUGCGAUUGCAUGGCUCUCAGUGCCUCUAUAACCCACUUGGAACGGGCUCUGGCCAAUGUCACUGAAAUAGCUAAUGAAAACAGACUGGUCCUUGAUGGCGAAGCAGAUACGACGUUGGAAAACUGGGGAGAGGGAGGUUGGGUCGAGGAUCUCAAAUUGGGCCUUCUUCACGUUCAGCAUUCCCUGGCUCUUGAGCAGGAAAAGAGCAGGGUAUUACAACUUAACGUCUCCAACCUUCAGUCCAUGCUGGUGGGAAGCCAACAAGAGAUUGGAGUACUCCAAGAGCAAGACCGGCUCAAGGCUGAGGAGAUCAAGAACCUGAGAGGCUCGUUUGAUUCUCUGCUGGAGGAUGCCAUUCGUCACACAGAGGUGUUAAGCAUCUUACUGGAGGUGGAAGUGCUGGAGUUUACAGAGUUGCCUUCAACGAAAAAGAUGACCUUCUCCAUCCCAGCGUUGCAGGACAGCAUCAGAAACAUUCAGGAGCAGAUCAAAGAGCACAGCUUGAGCUUAGCAUCUUUGCAGAAAGCACCUGUGGCAGAGGACACAGUGGCAGAUGAGCCUUCCGUCCUGGCCGACUGGGCGUCGGUGGGACUGAAGAGAAGAAGGGGAGAUGAGAAAUUUGAUUACCUGCCGGAAGAACACUCAGACUACUCUGACAGAGAACUUUGGGCUUUGGGGAGGUCAAUAGAGGGCAUCGGUGUACGAGUGAGUAAACUUGAGGAGCGGCCCUGUGCUUGUUUGAAUCAGAAUAUGCCUCGUGAAACUGAGCUGCACCUGCAGAAAGAAUUGGCCUUGUUGCGCAGGAGUCUUGAGGAUCAUCUUCAGAUGUUUGAACGUCUCUUCAGUAAUACGGAGGGACUGAGUGGCUCGGAUGCCACACUGGACCUGGACAAGCUGUCCACGAUGAUGAGCAGGAAAGAGGCAAAACAGCAAAGGAAAAAGCAGAAGAGGAUACAACACCUGAAAGAUAGUCAAUCUGGACAUCAGGCGAAUUUUCGCAGCAGGAGGGAUGCAUCGCUGGAGUCAUCAGUGCUGCGUCAGCUCCCAGACAGCCCACUCAUGUUCCUGGCCAGCGGUGGGGAUGGAGCGAAUGGAGCAGGUCCCAUCGUCUUUGAAAGAGUUUCUCUCAAUCGUGGACAAAUGUACUCCCAAAAAACCGGCACGUUCCAAGCACCCGCUGCAGGUAUUUACCUCUUUGUGUUGACGCUUGAUUUUGGACCAGGACCAUCAUUUGCGCAACUGAGGAGAGGAGAAGAAGUGGUUGCCACGAUGCACCAGAGUCAGAGGAAGCCAGCUGGGCCUGCCACUAGGGUGUGUCUCCUACAGUUGGACCAAGGCGAACAGCUCUAUCUAGAACUUGUCCAGGGCACACUAGAGCGCAGUAAGCCGAAGGACAACACCUUUUCUGGGCUUCUGCUCCUCCACUCCACCUGAGGGGUGUUAUUGCCAUUCACAGGAGAGAAGAUGUUACAGACACACUUUGCUUCAAAAUGUUAUGACAAACAGCUGUACUGAUCUUCUGUUUUCAUCUGUAGGGCUUCUUUAUGGUGUCACUCUCUCAUCACUGAUUGCAGGAAUUACAACACUUGACUACUGCUGUGGAUAUGCCGAUUGAGAAAAAGGAUGACAGCAUCAUUUAUAGCACAAACAGUUAUGAAAGUUUUCUUUCAAAGAAAUUAGUGGUGAUUUUAGUUGACCAGAAUCUGCUUUUUAGUGAUGAAAGGGAAGACAGAGCCACAAAGAAGACCUCAAACGCCUUUUUACUGUAAUGGUUUCAACAAUGAGGAACUGGCCAACUUUUUACAAACUCUGUGCACACAUGCAUACAUGUAGAAGUGUCUUUGAAAGGCAGCAGUCUGUCUUGCUUGUACUUAUUACAACAUUUGCAGUAGGGAAAAUGCAACUAGACAGGUGUUAAUGUCAUGCAAAAUUAUAUUACUUUCAUAGAGGUGGGG